UGGCAACCAAGAAUCAGUUGGGCUGAGCCCCUGAGCCCCAACUGCCAGAAGGGACCUAAGUCUGAGGUGGAGGCCAAGAAUUUGGGGCUGUGGGUGGUUCCUCCGAAGGCCAUGGAAUCCUCCACCGGACUUGGGAUGCCUUUGCCCAAAUACUGCAGCGUGGCCACAACUCUGAAGGCCCCUUGCUGGGACCAUGCUGCUCCACUCUGGGACCUCUCCUUCACCUGCCCUUUUGCCCUCCGAGCACCCUGGCUCACCAGGCACCAGCCCCCCACAAGGUGUGCCUCUUAUCACCCGUGUCUCCACCGUGCUGACCCAGCAUGGCAGGGGCCUGGCUGGCUGGGAAGAGCUGGAGAUGCUGCUGACAUACGGGUCCUGGCAAGAAGGGAACCAGAUGGCUGCUAUUACCGGGCUCAGUUAAAGGCCGCUCCAGAGCUGGAGAGACAGGGGACCCUGCUUGUGGAAUACGAGGCUCCCCGAGUCACAGGCCCAAAGCUGCCAGCUCGGCAGCAGAGUGUGGUCUUAGAAGAAGACGUCGUUCGGCUCUCACCAUCUGUGGGAUACGCACUGCACCUGGGGGACAAGGUGCUAGCGCCCUGGGAGCCAGACCGACAGCGAUAUGGCCCUGGCACUGUUGUCUUGGGCUUGGAGGCGAGAGACCCCCAGAGAGCAUCAAAGGAAGAAGAAAUCACUGUUCACUUCUGGAAUGGCAGAACAGCUAAAGUGCCUCUAGGUGAGGUCCAGUGGGUGACCCCCGCUGUCUGGAAGAAGGCUAUGGAGAGGCUGCACAAGCCUUUCACCAGGGAGCACCCCAGUCCCCUCUGCAGGGCCCCUUGGUGCUCUCUGCUGGGGCCGGCCACCGGAUGCAUCACCCGUGGGCUUCCUCUGGGCACUCCGACCCUGUGCCCUCCUUGCCACCCCCACACCUGCUGCCAGCUGCUGCGCCAGGGCUGCCUCUGCUGCUGCCCCUCGGCUGGCCUCACCUGGUGGCCUCUACCCAGGACCUCGGAGGUCACAGCCAGAGAACUUCCAGAGUCAGAGCUGAGGCCCACAGCACAGCUUUUGCCCCUAGAGGGUCCCAAAGAGGAGGAAGUAGCAGUGCCUGCUCCCGUGGCUCUUUCUUUCUCCUCCUCCUCCUCCUCAUCCACCUCCUUCUCUGAAGAAGAAGAUUUGGAGAAUGAUCUGGAGAUGGGCCUUCCCCAGAAACUGAUGGCAAACAGCGCAGUCAACACAGACCCUGUCCUUCUAGAGAAGUCUCCGAGGCAGAGUGGCCUGUGCCGGCCUGAGUGGAGGUAUUGGAGGAGAAACGGGCCUGAGCCGCACCCUGGGAAGCCAGUCUCGACUGACAGGGCACUGCUACUGUUUUUGCCCCACCGUUUUUCUUGGAGGCCUUGAUUUUUCUCUGGAUGAGCAGUCAGAAUGCCUGCAGGUGUUGAUUAGAGCCAAUGCCCUGAGAAGCACAGACACUGUCCUUCAGCGCCGGUCGGCCGGCCCUGGUCCCCAGAUGGCCCCCUAGUAAGUCAGCGUGGGAAGUACCAGGGCACUAUUGUUCCUCCUUGGAGGCUGUCGUCAGCAGCCUGCAGCCAUCCCCAGACUACACUGCCAGGAGCUGAGAACUGUGGGGCAUGCCCUGGUAGGUUUGCGGAUCUCAAAUCUGUCAUUGAUCUGCCUCAUCACACACAUCAUAUCUAAAUUCCCAGUGGGACCCAGAAAGAGUGGAAGCCCAAGUCGGCUGGCAGAGCUGUGUGGAGGAGGAGCCUGGCUCGAUGAGAUUCCUGGGCCCUGGGGUCACUGACUCAAUGUUCAGUGAAGGGGAAUUCGGGGCAGGGAUGCCAUGAAGGCUAAGGGACACCACUGCUAAGGGUUUAGGGACCUCUAGACACUGUCCAUACUGGGUCCCCUUGUGGGUCCUUAUUUGAAGCCAUUGCCCUGCUUCUAGUACAGCUGCUCAGCCAGAAGGAUGGCUUAACCCAUGAGGAUUUCACUCUUGCCCCCAUCUUGGGCAUGUUCUCCCAAAUACAUGGAGAACAUGCCUGAGAUGGGGUAUGGAGAAAGGGGCCCUCCCCAGCCCUUGUCACAGAUGCAGUACUCCCCGCCACAGCUAACGAGUGAAGAUGAAGCACAUAAACCCACGUGCCGGCCAGGGCUGCAGACAAACACUAGAGCUUUGCUUUUCUUCAGAUUGUGUAAUCUUUUAAGGAAAUAUGCUGUUUUGCUUCUCCCAAAUAUGCUUGAUAUUUAAUCGGUUCUUGGUAUCAGUCUUGAUCUGACAGUACUUGGUAUCAGCUCUGUCAAGUACUGGUGCUUGACAGUCUUGAGCUCUGCCUCUUACGAAGCCUUUUGUGUGGGAUCCUCUGCCCUGGAUGCUUUGCUACUUCUGGUUAUGGCAGCGAGUGGUUUCGGUGUCAUUCUGACAGCCCUGGAGAGGCCAGAGUGUCUGUCACCUGCCAGCGUCACGAUGCUCUCCCCUUGUUUGUGACUGAAACAGGACUCAGUCUGUAAGUUUUAUAAGUAACUCAAAAAGUAUUACUUCCUAUUUUGUUUUAGAGACAGGGUCUCGCUUUAUUGCCCUGGGAGUGUAGUGUCUUGAUCUCAGCUCACUAUAGCCUCCAACUCCUGUUCUCAAGCAAUCCUCCUGCCUUGGCCUCCUGAGUAGCUAGGACUAUAGGCAUGUGCCACAUGCCCAGCUCAAUUUCUUAAAACUUGUUGUUCCAUCAGCUUAUUGUCUCUUGUGAUCCUUCUUUGGUGCUCUUUCAACUGGUGGCAGUUGGUUACCUUUGCUUCUCCUACUGGCUGUUUGAAAAAUACAUCUGAUAACUUCCCCCCAACUCCAAAUCUGAGUACCAGAUAAUAACCUUUCCCAAAAGCAUAAUGGCCAGAUAUGAUUAACAAACUUUAUUUCUCUUAAAAAUAGAAAACAAUGCUAGGAGCUUACAGAUACUUAAGGGGUUCAGUGAUCCUUGAUAUAGUUCUACCUAUAUCAAAACUAACCUUAUCAAAAUUGUGGCAUAUUUGACAUACUGACUUCUGGGUUUAGGAACAAGACGUUGCAACAUUCGGAAAAAAGAGAAAGACAACAGACAAGAGAGAGUACAAACUGUGGGAGUGGGGACUCCCAAGGAGCUGGCUAU